AUGCCUUUAAAAGAAGAUCUAGCAAUGACAGCAGCAAUAAAUCAAAACUGGAGAACAAUCAACCGAAAGACUAAAAAUUUAAUCCGAUUUCCCCCAACAAGUCCUGCAACUGAACCCAGUUCAGUCGAGCAGUCCCUAAAAUUAGUAGACCAACUAAUCUCCGAAGGCGUGAGCGUAAACUUCGCCACAGAAUCCGGCGAGCUAGCUUUACACUCCGCGAUAAACUCCAACAAUUUUAUCCUAGCCGAAAAACUAAUAAGCUUAGGCGCAGACGUGAAUCUAAUGCGCUGUACCGACGGUGCGUUUCAAAAUUGCACCCCAUUGCACAUCGCAGUAGAAAAAAGCAACACCGAAAUGGUAAAAUUACUCUUAAGGCAUAACGCUAGCGUAAAUGUCCAGCAUGUGACUCCAGUGCUCACAAAAGCGGUCAGAAAAAAGAGCUUUGAGCUAGUGGAAUUAUUAAUCAACGCCGGAGCAGAUUUGAACCCGGACAAUAAAUUGGGCCAGCCUUUACACAUGGCAAUUGCUACUAACCAUUACAACAUGGUACAGUAUCUAAUCCAACGUGGUGCUGAUGUAAAUGGAAUUUCAAGGAACAGAACUGCCCUAGAGACUGCAGUUAAAAGAGAACAUACUGAAAUAAUUAAAUUAUUGCUGGAAAAUGGAGCUAGGGUUCAUGAUUGCAAAGAUGGGUACUCUGUUUUGUGCAGAGCUAUUGAAAAAGAUAAUUUUAAAAUUGUAGAAUUGUUAAUAAAUGCUGGAGCUGAUUUAAAUCCUCCAGGGUGUUGCACAGCACCCUUGCUUUGGGCAAUUACUCAAAAAAAGAUCAAAUUAAUUGCUUUUUUAGUAAGCCGGAGUGCUAAUGUAAAUACUAUUGGUCCAGUAGAAAAAUAUAAUUUAUUAAAAGGCAAUUUUUCAGCACUGCAACUUGCUGUUAUGAUGGAUGAUAUUAACAUUGUUAAAUUACUCCUAAAAAGUGGAGCGAAUAUGAAUUUAAUUAUUGAUAAUGACGCUUUUGCUGAUGAUAGCUUGACGGUAAUUCAUUAUGCAAUUGAAUUUAAAUAUGAAGAAGAAUUAAAAUUGUUUUUAAAUAAUCAAGAGAUUGAUGUUAAUGCUAGGACAAAAAUUAAACAUGAAUCUCUUUUGCAUUAUGCGGUUAAAUUUUUAAAGAAAAAAGAAUUAAUUGUUAAAUUACUUGAAGUGGGUGCUGAUAUUAAUUACCAGGAUAGUUUUGGGAAAUUACCGAUUGAUAAUGUUGACUGUGAUGAUAAAUUUGGGUUUAAAGUUAUUCUUGAACAACAUAUUUUGAAAUUACUAGGGGCUAAUUUGUAUGUCUCGAAGAAAAAUUUGAAGGCUAUUGAAAAAAAAAUUAAUUAUCAAGUUUACUUGGCUAAUUGUCAAGAAGAAAUCAAGAAGUUGAAGGAAAUUAAGUUUUAUAAUACCUCGCAUACGCUUUAUGAUUUUCUGGUGAAGAAUGUUCAUGAGAUGAGCUUCAUUUUGGUUAACAUGAAAGAUGUUAGUUGUACUAAUGAAAAAUAUCUGAGAGGGUGGCUGUGGGACGACCUUUCUGUUGGACUUUGGAGAGAGGUUAAUUUAUUGGUCGAACUAAAGCACGUGGAAACGUUUCGCUCACGUCAGGUAACUAUCAACAAAUUUUUUUUUUUCAUUUUUUACUGA